GAGACAGAGAGACAGACAGCUGAGGCCGCAGCGUGAGACAGAUCUGGUCAUCUUAUCAACUUCACACUUGGCGUGUGCAGAGUUUCAAUGAUGAGAAGGAUUGGUGCCAGAAAAGUCUUGCUGGCGAUAGCUCUUGGUCUGUUGGUCCUUCAUCUCAAUAAAAAUUUUAGCGAUGAAAAAACCAUCUGCAUCCCCAAAAAUGUGAGAGAGGGCAGUGAAAUAAGGGAAGCCACCACAAGGGACAUCAAUGUUUUCUCCUGGUUAAGAUGUCAACAGAACAUCUCUGCUGCCAACAUCACAGGCUUCAGCUCUCUUUCUGGUAAUAUACAAGAUUUUCUCUACUAUCGACACUGUCAACAUUUUUCCAUGAUACUGGACAUUCCUGACAAAUGCGGAGGAGCCGAUAAAUCUGCAGAAAUCUUUCUCCUUCUGGUCAUUAAAAGCUCCCCUAUGAAUUAUGAACGUCGAGAGGUUCUGCGCAAAACCUGGGCUAAAGAGAGGUCGCACAACGGCAUGCAGGUCCGGAGGCUCUUCAUCUCAGGAGUGACGGGUUCUCAUGUUGAAGAAGAGAGACAGAACAAACUUCUUGAAAUGGAACAAAAUGAAUACAAUGACAUUCUUCAAUGGGACUUUAGAGACACGUUCUACAACCUCACCUUGAAGCAGGUACUCUUCCUAGAAUGGAUGGAAAGAAAUUGUCCGAAAGCUCGCUUCUUGCUAAAUGGCGAUGAUGAUGUUUUUGUCAACACAGACAACAUGGUUGAGUAUCUCCAAGGCCUCAGGGAGAAUAAUGGAAGCAAGCACCUCUUUACUGGACAUUUGAUCCAGAACGUGGGGCCCAUUAGAUCACCAGGGAACAAGUACUAUGUCCCAGUACAAGUACAGGAGUCAGACUCUUAUCCCCCUUAUUGUGGUGGUGGGGGCUUCCUCCUGUCUGGCUAUACAGCUAUGGUCAUAUACAAAAUGUCCAAGUCCAUCCCUUUUAUUCCUAUUGAUGAUGUUUACAUGGGGAUGUGUAUGGCCAAAGCAGGACUUAGUCCUGUUUCCCAUAUGGGUGUGAAGACCGCAGGAAUGAACAUUCCCUCGGAAAAACUUGAUGAUUAUGAUCCUUGCUAUUAUAAAGAGAUUUUACUGGUGCACAGAUUCCCUCCAGGUUACAUGUAUCUUAUGUGGCAAAGAAUACAUGACCCAGAUCUGAAAUGUGAACAGUCAAAGAAAUCCGUUUCAUAGCAUCAAAUUGUAACUUACUGGUGGUGACCGUUCUUGUUUACACGUUGCUUCCUGCACAAUCUCUUAGCCUGUGAGGGCUAUCACUGUUUCUACCUGUUUGUUUGAUGUUUGUUGAUGUGUUUGUAGCAUACAGUGAAUAUGAAAGUCACUUCAGAUAGUUAGUCUGUUUUGUUUGUGACACUAACAGCACAUUCAACUCUGCCAGUGUUAUGAUUAAUAAAGUAAAUCCAGAAGCACAACUGUUCCCUUAUGAAACCACAUUUAAAUUCAGAUCCGGGUUUUUUUGGGCGGGGGUCUGCACCAAAUCGCACAUUCUCAUAAAUAUCAGUCCCCUAUACAUGUCUUUUUUACCGUCUAGAUCCAUGAAUUAUUCUUUGAGAAAUUAACAAAUGUUGAAAAAUGUUACUAUGUUAAAAUAGAUGGAAGAAAAAAAUCCUGGACCCACAGUGAAAUUUAAUUGGUUCUUCCUUGACAGGCGGAUAGACGCACUAAGAUUGGAUGUGCUUGCUGACUACUAACAUCUUAAUGCUCCUGCCAACAAAGCUACGUGAUGCAGCCACUUUUGUGAAUACGUUUUUGUCAGAUGAUGGCAAACAAAGUGACAGAACAGGAUAUGUUGGAUUCUCACGUUCAUAACAGCCUGCGUUUUAGCUAAUUAUUUACCCACAACGGAUAUAACUGUGUGGUGAAAAUUGCAGUGUUAUAUAAAACUCGAAUCAAGAUGGGUCAGAGAGAAAUACAAAGUUUAUUUGUUACACAAGAAAACACAGUACGGGGCAACAAUGCCUGUAUACCAUGCAGUCAAGUAUUACAGAUGUGUGCUUGUGUCAUGCAACAUGCACUGAACAGAAGAGUCCACAGGAGAACACAUGUACGUGUACAACAGUUGGACCUGCCAGUUUGCUCUGUAAAGACAUGAGUCUAACACCAGCUGAGUGUUGUGCUGUCCUCUGGUGGUUGAAGCUGCCCUGACACAAGACUUUGAACCAGGAGAGACGAGCAAAGCAAUACAUUUUACAUUCACGCAAGGAACCAGGUUUUUCAAAGGGAUUCAUUGGUAUGAAUGCGAUUUAAAA